AUGUCCGUUACGCACUGCAAACGUGCCUUUACAAAAACGUAUCAAACACUGCAACGGUACAGUACUACAGUAAGAGUGCUCGAUUAUUUUGCUCCGUUACCGUCUCGGAAACAAACUCCAUUAGGCCAAUUCGAUUUACGAACGCACCUCGUGUUCAUCUUAAGCCGCCAUCUAGUGCAGUCUUUACAUAACGGUUUCCCCAAAGUUAAAAGCGAUUCAUUAAAAAAGGAACAGUCCGUACCUGUAAUGUUAUCCAAAACGUUCGAAACAGUUCUCUACUAUGAACCGAUGGUGAUCGAGAGAUCUUUUGCAGCAGUGAAAAACUCGAUGGGUGGGUAG